AUGGUGUUUCAAUCAUUUAUACGGUUUGCCAAGUAUUCAUUAUCAUCAUCAUCAUGCAGAUCAGAAGUUAGACAUCACUUUUUCCGAAGUUCUUAUCCUUAUUUGAAUCGACAUCAUUUCUUCAAGAACCUGAUAUCUAAUUACAAUAAAAAUUUUUACAAGUCCAAAUGGUGGUUCAGGUCACAAAGAAACACUUCUAAUAGAUCAAAAUCGUUUUUAACGAUAUCAGAUGGACAUUAUGGGUUAUAUUAUUCCAUGUAUAAUCAUGAUUCCGAAAGACAACAACAACAAAAGGAUCACGAGAAAUACAUCAAGCAUAUGAUUUUAAAACAACUAGAAACCAGUGAUAGAAUAUUGGGCCAUAAGAGCUUAAAUUCUGAGAUCUUUUUCGCUAGAAAUCAUCCCCACUACAACCACCACCACCGCAGCCAUCAUAUUGCCAACUGCUUUAUGGGCAGAUAUAACAGAAGACAGAAUUCCGACAAUAAUGGACGAAACCAUUACCAUAGAAGACGCUGUCCACAUCAUCAUGGUUUCCAUAUGAAAUUGCUUUUGAUUGGAUUCACUGCCAAAUUUUUGAUUUCCAAAGCUAUGGUCGACACCCAAAUCAACCUUGAUGGUAUCAAGAAAUUUUCAUCUAAAUUAUUUUCUUCCUUUGCAUAUAAACCCUUCAAUUAUUCGUUUGCUUCGUUUAUCAGAUUGGCAACAGUUGCCAAAAAUGGUGCAAUCUCCAAUCAAAAAGAACAAGAACUUGCUACUAUAGUUAGCCCACAAUUAUCCAAUGUUUUCACAACUGGUAUUGUUAAAAGGACAUUUGCAACACUUGCCCAUCAGCAACAACAACAACAGCAACAAAAAAGCAACGAGAUUAAGACUGUUGCUGAACAACAAAAACAAUCACAACCACCAUCACAAGAAAAUAUAACUGUUGAUACUUUUGAACAAGACUUUUUAGCUUCCAAAGUGUCGAAAAUAGUAUCUGUAUUUGAUACUUAUUCUAGUCCUGACGAUUUAAAUAUUAUAUAUCCAUUGUAUCAGGCUGUGAAACGAAACGAUUUGAAAUUGCCUUCAAUUGACGUAUACAAUAUUGUACUCAAAUCUAUCUUACACAGAAGUUUGAAUAGUGAGUUAACUUUAGACUCUAUAGAAGGAAAAUUAACUGUGUUGUUGACAGUUUAUCAAGAUAUUCUUGCUGCUGGUAUUAAGCCCAACAAAGAGACUUACAAUAUAGUAGUAACUGCAUUAUUAAAUGGUAGUUUACAAUGCUUAGAUAUACCAACAGAUAAUAUUUUACAAUACAAUGAAGUCCAUGGAAAAUCUCAAGAAUUUGCCCAGAUUUGUCUUGAAUUGUUCACAUCAAUUUCUAAUCAAUUAGAUUUACAAGCGUUGUUACCCGAUUUGCUCAGAUUAUUAUACAAUUAUCCUCAAUUGAUUACACCACAAAUUAUUGAACCAUUUGUUAAUCUGAUUCAAGUUGCAAGAGUUUCCGAUAAAGACUAUUAUUUAUUGAUACUCGAAUUAUCCAAGUAUUUUACACAAUUUGGAUUAUUAGAUAAAGAACAGACAUAUCAAGUGAUUGAAUCUGCUUACACUAAAUAUAAACUGUUUGGUAAAGUUAAUCCAUUUAUUGCUUAUAAGAAAGUCAUUGCUUCUUUGGUGAAUAAUGAUUUUAUUACGGAAGCUAGUCAAUUAUUAGAUGAUGUUUUACUUGAUUAUAAAGAAUCAUUACAAUUCAAAUAUAGACCAUCCAAACACCAAAUCAGUAAUUUGAUUGGUAGUUUCCUCAAAGCAUUUAUUAUGAAAACCAACGAUUUAGCCAAAGGUUAUGAAUUAUUAGUCAAAUUCAAUUCUGUUGCCUAUUUGCCGGAUUUCCCCGUUAGGUUCUAUAAUUACAUGAUUACAAAAUUGGCUGAAAAUGGCAUGCAUGAUGAAAUGUGGUCAGUGUAUAAUCGUGUUAUGGUAAGGACUGAUUAUCAAAAUACUUCAACUAUGGAAAUGGUGAAACACAAUGGUAAGGCAUGUCGUGAUGUGUUGCUUUCACAAAGUCUUGAUGAAAGUGAUCACGAACAUGCAUUCCAAUUGAUUAAAGAAAUUUUGGUAAAGGAACAUUUGAUUGCUGAUUUGGACACAUUGAAUAAAACUUUCCAUUAUUUAUAUAAUGCUGUACUUCAUAAUACUACUGAUGAAGAAUAUUUCAAUCAAUAUUAUUUUGGUUUAUUAUGGCAAGUUAUGGAAACUCAAGCUAAACAUUAUAAGACUUCUACUGAUAUAAAUGAUUUCAUAUCUCAUUUUGUUCAAUUUCUUACAGUCAAAGUUCCUGAAAUAUUGGCAAAUGAUGAACGUGCUGUUCUUGCUGUUAUCAAAUACAAUGUUAAUUUAUUGCUCAAUAGUCCAUUUAUCAACCGAGCAGUUGAAUCAUUUAAUUUACAAACUGAUAAUAUUUAUGGAUUGACAUUAGUGGUACGUGAGUUAAUGAAAUUCGACGACAGAUUCCCCAUCGAACUGCAAGAAUUAUACAUGAGAAUUGUUGAAUUUGAAACUCUUGUUAUUGACGAAUUUGAAGAUUCAGAAAAUUCAUACAUUGAAUUAACCCCAGAGAUGACACAAUUUUUACAAGAUAUCAAAAUGGAUAGGGAUCAUAGAUUAGCACAAUUGCAAAUUUCAAACCGAGACCAAGACCACGACCACGUUUUAUCAAAUAGUAAGGAUUUGUUAUCCACAUUUGAAUCAGAUAUUCAACCGGACUUAACAUGUGAUAUCGAUUUAAGCUAUUUAUUGAAUCUAAAUUUUGACAAAGGAUUACCGAGAUUUUUAGAGUUGUACAAUAAAAACCAUAAAUUCAAUUUUGCAACUUGGAAUAUAAUUAUUAAUUUUGAAUUUUUAGAUAAUUUUAAUUCUCAAUUUGAAAUACAAGAAUUUUUGCAACGUAUUUGGAUGACAAACUGUGAAGAAUCUAAGAAACUUGAAUUGUUGAAAAGAUUGGUUAAAUACAAUUUUGAACCAGUCAUUAAUGGAGUGGGUAUAUUUGUUAAAGAGAAUAAGAUUUACAAUGAUAAUGAAUUGUUAAUAACUUUAUUCCAAACAUGUUUGAAAAUGAAAGAUACAAUUGAUCAUGAGAUUUUUGCUAAUGAUUCAUUUUUCCAAACAAUUUACCAAACUAAUCGUAAUACUGAAUGGAUUAUUGCAUACUUGAAUUAUUUAGUCAGUGUUAAACAACAUGAAAAGGUUGCAUCUAUAAUUGAUUCUAUGGAAGGAAAUUUACCUGCACCUUUGGGCCAUUUAUUAUUAGAAGCAGAUUUAAAUUUUGAUUUAAAUAAGUUUCAAACAAACUUCAAAGAAUUGAAUAUCACUCCUUCUAAUAAAGUACAUGAGUUAUGUUUGAGAUAUGAUUUAAAAUCUGGAGAUUUAUCUGCCAGACAAAUUAUAAACAAAUAUUCUAAAUUCGCUGAUAAAGGUUCAAUUACUUUACAAGAAUUGGUAUCUUUUUGUCAUGUAUUGUGUUCUUUACAAUCAUCAGAAUCUAUAAAGCCGUAUAGAACUGGUAAUUUUGAAUCAACUUACAUUUUAGCAACUUCAUUGUUAACAGCACGGAAAUUUGAUGAAAUGGUCACAAUCAUCGAAUCCAAUGAAACCAAAAUUGACACCCAAAAAUUAUUUGGUCAAAUGAUUUCCGUUUUAAUUGAGUUGUUGCCCUAUCACAAUAAUCAAACACAAUUGAUGAAUAAGUUUAUUGAUACAAUUAAAUUGUGUAAAAUUUUACGAUUGGGAUCUGUUUCAAUGGAGAAUUUUAUGAAAAUCAUUAGAUUUUUAACCGAGAUCAAAUCAGAUCUUUUAACGGUUAUAUUAAAUCGUUUUAUAAAUGAUGGAGAAUUUGCUGAUGUUGUUACUUUUUAUUUUAUUGAAGUUGAUCUUUUCCAAUAUAAAUCGAAAUUAACAGUAUUGAAAGAAUUAUAUUAUAGUAUGAGGAAAUUGGGGAAUGAGUUUAAUGUUUCUAUGAUUAAUGAAUUUUGUCACGCUAAUGGGAUUAGAUUUUUCUAA